AUGUUAUAUAUUAUAUAUAGAGAACAACGUCGUGAACAAAUUGAAGUUCUUCUCAAUGGUAUUUGUGAACGAAUGCAAGCUCAUACACCAAAAGAUCAUGUAGCACAAGGUCGUGAAGAUUCUAGUCAAAUAAAAUCUUAUUUUCGUAAUACUAGUUCAUCAAAAACGGCUAGCAAUGAAUCAGAAUUUUCAAUUGAAUUAGUUGAACAUGAAAUUGAUUUACGUACACGUGGUAUAAAUGCACAUAAAUGUACAUUAGUAUUUAAUAAACAAUUAAAAAUGGGUGCUGGUAUAUGUGAUCGUUUAAAGAAAACUGCUAAAGUACGUGCUUAUGAAAAAUUGAAAAGACUUACCAGAGACACACCAAGGGAAAAUCUUAUUAUAAAACAAACACGAGAUGUUGUUAAUUAUCAAAUGUGUCGUGCUAAUGAGGGAUAUAGUCAAUGUGGUAGGCAAUGUCAACAAACAUGUGCUGAUAUAGAUACACCUCAACAACUAUGCAAUCAUAUGUGUGCUAUUGGUUGUUUUUGUAUUGAUGGUUAUGUACGACAAAGUGAUAAGAAUAGUCCAUGUGUUAAAAAAACUGAAUGCUAA